AAUGCAUAAUGAGAUGCCUUACUGUGAUGACGGGGCUCGUGUUAGGUGCUUUGUCAAAAAGAAGGCAAAACCAAAACUAAUUCCCUCUCUCCCUAGACCUUUUCUUAUUCGUUCCAUCUCUCUGGAUCUCUCCGAUACAAACAUACACAUACAUAAAGAUAUUUAUUGUAUUCUACAUCAAGAGGAAGAUUUCUGAUCGGAAUCAAUGGCGACCGAGGAGUUAAUGUCCGGCGGUGGUCCACGUUACGUACAAAUGCAAUCGGAGCCGUUGCCGUCGACGACCUCAUCCAUGCUAUCAUUCCACCCAAUCCCUGAGCCAACUCGGAUUUUCGAUGAGUUGCCCAAGGCCAUAAUCGUCUCCGUCUCUCGACCCGACGCCGGCGAUAUUAGCCCUAUGCUUCUAUCCUACACCAUUGAAUUUCAAUAUAAACAGUUCAAGUGGCAAUUACUGAAGAAAGCUUCACAAGUAUUUUAUUUACACUUUGCCUUGAAGAAACGUGCAUUUAUUGAGGAAAUUCAUGAGAAGCAAGAGCAGGUAAAAGAAUGGCUUCAAAACCUAGGGAUAGGAGAUCACACAGCAGUUGUCCAAGACGAUGAAGAAGCUGAUGAUGAGACUGUUCCACUCCAUCAGGACGAAAGUUCUAAAAACAGAGAUGUUCCAUCUAGUGCGGCUCUGCCAAUUAUUCGGCCUGCUCUUGGAAGGCAGCACUCUAUGUCAGACCGAGCAAAGGUAGCAAUGCAAGGGUACUUGAAUCAUUUCCUAGGAAACAUGGAUAUCGUGAACUCCCGAGAGGUUUGCAAGUUUUUGGAGGUUUCCAAGCUAUCAUUUUCACCGGAGUAUGGCCCUAAGCUAAAAGAAGAUUUUGUAAUGGUGAAGCAUUUACCAAAGAUUCAGAGGGAUGAUGCUACUAGAAAAUGUUGUGCAUGUCAUUGGUCCAGUUGUUGUAAUGACAACUGGCAAAAGGUGUGGGCUGUGUUAAAACCUGGAUUCUUGGCCCUGCUAAAAGAUCCUUUUGAUACCAGUCCUUUAGAUAUAAUUGUUUUUGAUGUACUACCAGCCUCCGAUGGAAAUGGAGAGGGUCGUGUAUCAUUAGCAAAAGAAAUAAAGGAUCGUAACCCUUUACGCCAUUCAUUUAAGGUGUCUUGUGGAACCCGGAGCAUAAGGUUAAGAACUAAGAGUAAUGUUAAAAUUAAAGACUGGGUUGCAGCAAUCAAUGAUGCUGGUCUUCAGCCGCCUGAGGGCUGGUGUCAUCCUCAUCGCUUUGGCUCUUUUGCUCCUCCGCGAGGUUUAACUGAAGAUGGUAGUCAGGCUCAGUGGUUUGUAGAUGGUCGAGCAGCAUUUGAAGCUAUAGCUUUGGCAAUUGAGGAAGCAAAAUCAGAGAUAUUUAUUUGUGGCUGGUGGCUUUGCCCAGAACUUUAUCUGCGACGUCCUUUUGAUGGUCACGCAUCCUCUCGGCUGGAUGCUUUACUGGAAGCAAAAGCCAAAAAAGGUGUUCAGAUUUACAUUCUUCUAUACAAGGAGGUUGCUAUUGCCCUGAAAAUAAACAGUGUCUAUAGUAAGAGAAAGCUUCUUCACAUUCACGAGAAUGUCAGAGUACUGCGUUCUCCCGACCAUUUCUCAAGUGGUGUCUAUCUAUGGUCCCACCAUGAAAAAAUUGUCAUUGUCGAUCACCAGAUUUGCUUUAUUGGAGGACUUGAUCUAUGCUUUGGUCGUUAUGACUCACUUGAACACAAAGUGGGUGAUUGCCCUCCUCAGAUAUGGCCUGGAAAGGACUACUAUAACCCAAGGGAAUCAGAACCAAAUUCUUGGGAAGACACAAUGAAAGAUGAGUUGGAUCGUGGGAAAUAUCCUCGUAUGCCAUGGCAUGACGUUCAGUGUGCUCUUUGGGGACCACCUUGUCGUGAUGUUGCUAGGCACUUUGUUCAGCGCUGGAACUAUGCAAAGAGAAAUAAAGCUCCAAAUGAGCAAGCAAUUCCACUACUUAUGCCUCAACACCACAUGGUUAUCCCACAUUACAUGGGAAGAAGCAGAGAGAUGGAUGUUGAAAGUGAGAAAGUAGGAGAGAAUUGUAGAGACAUCAAAAGACAAGAUUCGUUUUCCUCUCCAUCAUCUUUUCAAGAUAUUCCACUGCUUAUGCCUCAAGUGGCUGACGGGGUAGAUGCUUCCAGUGGAGACUCAAAAUUAAAUGGCCUGGACAAGUCUCAUGACUUCCAUGAUCCGACAGGCAAGGGAAGCAGAAGUCCAUUCUCUUUCCGGAAGUCCAAAAUUGAAUUUUUAGUUCCAGAUAUGCCAAUGAAAGGUUUUGUCGAUGACCUUGAUAGUAUGCAUCAUCGGCGAUCAUUGUCUUCAGAUUUAGUUGUGCAGCCUGGUGUGAAAACUGCGGAUGGAGAAUGGUGGGAGACACAGGAGCGGGGUGAUCUGGUUGUUUCUGCUGAUGAAACUGGACAAGUUGGUCCUCGUGUUCCAUGCCGUUGUCAGAUUAUAAGGAGUGUCAGUCAAUGGUCCGCUGGAACGAGCCAAAAUGAAGAAAGCAUUCACAAUGCUUAUUGUUCUCUUAUUGAGAAAGCAGAACACUUCGUCUAUAUUGAGAAUCAGUUUUUCAUCUCAGGUCUUUCGGGAGAUGAGAUAAUACGAAAUAGAGUGUUAGAAGCAUUAUAUAGGCGUAUCAUGCGAGCAUACAAUGAGAAGAAGUGUUUCAGGGUUAUUAUUGUUAUACCACUUUUACCAGGCUUCCAGGGAGGUGUGGAUGAUGGUGGCGCGGCAUCUGUAAGAGCCAUUAUGCAUUGGCAAUAUCGAACAAUAUGCAGAGGACAUAAUUCAAUAUUGCAUAAUCUUUAUGAUCUUCUUGGUCCUAAGAUGCAUGAUUACAUAUCUUUCUAUGGUCUCAGAGCGUAUGGUAGACUUUCUGAUGGUGGUCCUGUGGCCUCCAGUCAGGUUUAUGUACAUAGCAAGGUCAUGAUCAUUGAUGACUGUACAACCUUGAUUGGAUCCGCUAAUAUUAAUGACAGGAGUUUGCUUGGAUCAAGAGAUUCUGAGAUUGGUGUACUUAUUGAAGACAAACAAUUUGUUGAUUCGUGCAUGGGAGGAAAGCCAUGGAAGGCUGGAAAUUUUUCUUUGACUCUUCGCCUUUCUCUAUGGUCGGAACACCUAGGUCUUCGUUCUGGGGAGAUUUAUCGAGUAAAUGAUCCAGUGGUUGAUUCAACCUACAGAGAUAUAUGGAUGGCAACUGCAAAGACAAAUACCAUGAUCUACCAAGAUGUCUUCUCUUGCUUCCCUAAUGAUCUUACACAUUCCAGAGCUUCACUCAGACAAUGCGUGGCCGAGUGGAAGGAAAAACUUGGUCACACCACCAUUGAUUUAGGAAUUGCCCCUGAGAAGCUAGAAUCAUAUCAAGAUGGAGAUAUCAAGGUCACUGAUCCAAUUGAGAGAUUAGAGUCAGUGAGGGGGCAUCUUGUUUCUUUCCCUCUGGAUUUCAUGUGCAAAGAAGAUUUAAGACCUGUUUUCAAUGAAAGCGAGUAUUAUGCAUCACAAGUUUUUCACUAAAUAUAAUCUUAUGCCGUGACAGAAGGUUAAGUAGUGCAUAAAGUGACAGUGCUGAGUUACACCUGUUUUACUUUAGCACCCCUGAUGUUGUAUUUUAAUUUACACACACACACACACACGUAGAGAGAGAGAGAGAGAGAGAGAGAGAGAGAGAGAGAGAGAGAGAGAUUAAUUCUUACAAGAAUUGGUAAAUGUCCACUGCUCCCCUGAAAUUAUUUUUCUUACCUCAAAACACAGCUAGGCUUUUUAGUUUUUUCUGCCGAAGCUGUUGUAUCCAUUGGUUUCUGGGAUAGAAAUAGUUCUCAAUAAAAUUUUGGAAAUUUCCUUGGAAUAAGUGGAUAUCCCUGCCCACUUGGGCUUCAUGUAAUUUUGAUCGACCACUGACAAGUCAUUGAUCAUUUUUUUAUUAUAUAUAUAUAUUUUUAACAGUUUCCUUCUUUUUUCAA